UCAUCAAUCAGCUUCUGCAUCACAUCUGAUUAUUCACUCCCUCAAAAAUGACUUCGUCUUGGUCAUAUUUAUAGUUCUUGAAAUCUUCCCUUUUGAUCUCUUUCGACUGUGAAUGUACAACCAAUACCAAACUUCCAUAGUAAUAUUAUUUCCCUUCAAGAAUAUUAACAGAAUAGCAACGCGAGUAACGACCACGAUCACACUCAUACAAUUUCGGAUCCUAUGCAAUAUCACUAACCGUCACAAAACCAUGUGUCUCAUACGCCCUUUUCGAUACACUUGCUGCGCCCGAAUCUAUGUCGAAGUCACCAAACUUGACAGCAGCUGUUCCCAGAAUUGGCCGCUGGAGAAGUGUCCCAAGGAAUUUUGCUUAUUUUUAAUGUAUGGCUCCAGAGAUGAAGUGACGGUGCCUCGGAGCCAAGGUACAUGCUGGAGAUGUCUGGCCAUGGGACAGGGCCUUGAAGGAGAGGAUUACGAAGCUCGGAGACCGCCUAUCGAUAAUGCAUUUGUGGUUGAAGGUCUAGAGAACUGCAAUCCGGAAGGACGACGUAGGAAAGCCGAACACUUUGGAAACUGUUGGUUCUGUGGUGCGAGCAGUGAUGGUGUUAGGGAUUGCGAAGAAUGUGAGGGGACGGGAAGUGCACGUAAACGGAAGAAUACAUCUGCUGAAGAUGCGCCUGCGAUUCCACCUAAGAAGCGUCGUCGCACUUCUCCUGCUGGUGCUGUUACCGGAGGAGGUAUUACCAAGCCUAGAAGAGGCAGGCCGCCAGGAGGCAGUAAGAAGAAGAAUCUUGCAACCAUCAAGGAAGAGCCUCGAAUGAACCAAUGCAUCUUUCCUAUGGACAGCAAUAACGCAUUCCAACAAGGGCAAUUCCAUCCUGAAAUUGCUGGACCUUCAUACAACCAGCAUGCCUGGGAGUUUGCUCCUCCUCCUCAUGGAGAUACUACUGCGCCCAGCUACGGUAUGAACAUUGAUAAUGAUAUCAAUAACCCUUAUGCAGCGCAAUCAGGUGAUAUGCCGUCAUUCUUGGCAAAUCCAGCACCACUUCAUCAAUACGGCCAAUACGGCGGCAGUAUGGUAGAAAACACAGCGAAUUAUCAUCAAUUACAGCGCUCAGCAGUGGCACAUCAAGAGCAUCUCCAAUACCCCCAAUAUCGCCAGCACCCCCAGCACUUCCAACAACCCCAGCAACAAGAACAUCUCCUCCAAUCCAUCGAAUCCGAUAACGACGAAUCACAUGGUGAAUCUAAGAUUGGCGACGGCGGUGAAGGAGUGAAGUCCGAUACUAAUUUGGGUACAUCAGAGGUACGCCAUAAAUAAUGACCCAUAUAUGAGAAUGAUACUGAUAAUGAAUCUCUGAAUGAUAGGAACAGUUUGCCUGUUUUACCGCUGAUAUGGAUCAGAGUCAUCAUGGCCUCAAGCUGACCCCUGGCCCUUUUCCCUUUGAGGGAGGUUUGACAUAUUCUCCGUCUCAGGAUACAAACAAUGGUUUUCCGCCAGCGGUUUCUGGUACACAUACACAUCCACAAACACAUACAGAUCCGGUUGCACCGGUUCCUCAAAUGGCAACGGAUCGGUUUAGCCCACAGCCGGAUUAUUUGCUCAGUCCUGCUUUAUCAGAAGCGCAUAUUGCUCAGCAUGCCCCUCAAAAUACUCAUACAGCAAUCUCCGAUGCGGCUUUAGCUUCUGCUUUAAUAGCUAGUAUAUCUGCUGCUCCUUCUCUUUCGGCUUCACGUAUCGCUACUCCACCAUAAGGAUUAUUUUUUUAUUAUUACUAAUAUUAUUAUCAUUAAUCGAUCAAGUGUACUCAACAAAUAUACAUACAUCAACCGACAUGUUCCAGAGUUCAGAACGGCUCUGUGUUUCUGUUACAUAACAUGAGCUUGAUAUUUUUCUCUGUUAUCUAUCCUUUUCUUUCCUUCCUUUCUAUUUCCAAGGCAUGGGUCCUUUCAAAGUGUUUCUUUUUUCCUUUUUAUGCUAUUUGGCGAAGAAUGGUUAGUCCAGCAUUGACCUGGACUUCUUGACGGUGAUAUAGAUCGGGAUGGAUUUGAACUAUAAGAGGAUUCUUAUAUGGUUGGAUUAGUCGAUGCUGUUCAGCUUUUGGGUUAAUAUCACAGUGGCAGGCGAUGAAAGACCUGCUGUGGAAUGGGGGGUAUUUUGAUGGGACUAAAUGGAUCGUCCAUAUGUGGAAGGGAUAUGGGCUAGUGAUCAAAUUUGUAACUAUUCUUGAGCUGAAGAAAGGAAUUCUUUGCCUGUGUAUUAAUCCAUGGAAAUAG